AUGAUUAGAGCAGCCGUGAGAACAAACGCUUUGCAGUCAGCUAAGAGACAAUUGACAUCGUCGAUGGUCGCUAGACGCAGUUUGGCGACCGCUUCGGACAAAAGUCUAGAUGAGACCAUCGAGGUGACACUUCCAGAGUCGUCGUUCGAGGGCUACAUGCUCGAGCCCCCAUCACUCUCGUACACUACGAGUAAGGCCGGGCUCUUGCAGAUGUACAAGGACAUGGUAGUCGUGAGACGUAUGGAAAUGGCUUGCGACGCGCUUUACAAAGCCAAGAAGAUCCGUGGUUUCUGCCAUUUGACCGUAGGCCAAGAGGCCAUUGCCGUGGGUAUCGAAAACGCGAUCACCAAGAAAGACACCAUCAUCACCUCGUACCGUUGUCACAGUUUCACGUACAUGCGUGGUGCUUCGGUGAAGGCUGUGCUUGCCGAGUUGAUGGGUCGUCGUUCCGGUGUCUCGUACGGUAAGGGUGGCUCCAUGCACUUGUACGCGCCAGGUUUUUACGGUGGUAACGGUAUUGUCGGUGCUCAAGUGCCUUUGGGUGCUGGGUUGGCUUUCGCCCACCAGUACAAGAACGAAGACGCUUGCACCUUUGACUUGUAUGGUGACGGUGCCUCCAACCAAGGCCAAGUGUUUGAAUCCUUCAACAUGGCCAAAUUGUACAACUUGCCAUGUGUGUUUGCAUGUGAAAACAACAAGUAUGGUAUGGGUACCGCUGCUUCUAGAUCUUCGGCCAUGACUGAGUACUUCAAGCGUGGUCAAUACAUCCCCGGUCUCAAGGUGAACGGUAUGGAUAUUCUUGCUGUUUACCAGGCUUCCAAAUUCGCCAAAGACUGGUGUGUCUCUGGCAAGGGUCCUCUAGUGCUUGAAUACGAAACCUACAGAUACGGUGGUCACUCCAUGUCCGACCCCGGUACCACUUACAGAACCAGAGACGAAAUUCAACAUAUGAGAUCCAAGAACGAUCCAAUUGCUGGCCUUAAGAUGUACUUGAUGGACUUGAACAUCGCCAGUGAGGAUGAAAUCAAGGCUUACGACAAGGCCGCCAGAAAGUACGUAGACGAACAAGUGGAGUUGGCUGACGCUUCUCCACCUCCAGAGGCCAAGAUGUCCAUCUUGUUCGAAGACGUUUACAUUCCAGGAACUGAGACCCCAACUUUGAGAGGCAGAGUGCCCGAAGACACCUGGGACUUCCAAAAGAAGGGAUUUGCUUUCAGAGAUUAG